AUGGCAAAGGUGUCAGAAUACAGAAAUAAACUGGACAAUAUUGUCAACUCUACCCACGUUGGUUUAUGUCUGUGUUUAUCCAAAGAUGUGGGAAUCUUGCAAGUUCUGCUAGAUGCUCGGAAACCCCUGACGUCUCUCCAGAUUGCAGCCGAAAAAGAUUUGAAGGAAAGAUACGCUAGAGAGCUCCUUGACUGCCUGGCCACCGCUGAGAUCAUCCAUGCAUCUACUGACGAGUCUGGCGUUCUGGUCUAUCAGAUCCCGGAGGAUGGGAAGAAAGAAUUCAAGAGCCACCCAAUGGCCUUCAUUUCGUAUGCUAUCUCCAUGAUAAAAAUCUACGAUUCGAUUAAGUCUUGUUUACACAAUACAGGUCCAUACGGCUACAGAAUGACACCUGAAGCUUACGAUUCUGUCGAGGAACUGGGUGUCUGCCAGUUUGACGAUUACGUGGGCACAAUACUGAAAUGUGUUGAUGGACUCAAGGCAAAACUAGAAAGCGGGAUCGACGUCCUUGAAGUUGGCUGUGGAAAAGGCCGACUGUUGACCACCUUAGCUCAGAUGUUUCCCAGGAGCACCUUCACAGCAUCAGACAACGUCAAGUCUCUCCUGGAUGACUUGAAAGCUAGCCUGGGCCGGGUCCCCAACAUCAAAUGCGAUUUCCUAGAUCUGUGUUGUCCCACAUUUCCCUCCAGUAAACGAUAUGAUUGGGUGAACUGCGCCCACGUCAUCCACCACGUACCCAACCCUCCACAAGCGCUGAAGAACAUCAGAAAACUGCUGAAACCAGGGGGUACCUUCACCAUGAUUGACAUGGCCCCCUCUGGUAGUCCCAUUGGCGACAGGGGCAAUCUUUUCGUGGGAUGUCUGUAUGCUGUCAGCAUGUUCAUCUGCAUCCCUGACAGUUACCAAACGGAAGAUAGUCAUGCGAUGGGGUCCUGUUGGGGUAAGCAACAGAUUAUGGAGUUGCUGAGAAAUGCUGGGUUUGAGGUCAAAGUUGGAGUGAUUGAAUACCCCUUAACACUUUUUGCUUGCAAGUCAUACCUUGUCUGA